CGCCCAGUAGUGGCUUACCUCCCGUGGUGAUAGGAUGUGUGCCGCUCUCCUCUUCACCCAUUGACCCGCACAUGCUUGUAAACACCCGGAAAAAAAACUUGAAAAACCUUACGUGAUUUAAUAUAUCUUGAACCAACUAAUGAUAUUUUUUUUCUCUCACUCAUCUCUUGGAACUUAAGAGAAACUGAUUGUUAAUAUUCGUGAAUUUUAAGUCAAUCUAGUUGAACGUGUACAGUAUGUUAUGAAUAAGUAUUAUUGUGUUGACAAACGUAGUGACGGCAGCACUAGUGUUAUCCUUGGCUAAAGAGGUCCAUAUCGCUCUCUCAGACACGUGCAAGAGGUCGUGCUGGAUGGAUGAGUCGUACAACCGCUGGAGGUCGUCGCUGUCGUAUCUCUGAUCAGUAUCGUUCUUAGAAACCUCUAUUGGUGGGUUUCUAAAUGACAGUGAUUAGAGAACUAUGAGAUAACAGAGGUGGAGGAGAACCAUGCUUAGAGAACACUCGAUAAACUAAGUAGAGAACAUAGUUAAAGAAAUAGAGAACAAAUGGAUUAAUAUCUUCAUUGUUAAAGGUUCAGUAGAGACCAUAGCCUUAUCUUCAUUAUCGCUGUUUUAACUUUGGUUCGUAAGAUAAGCUGGGAAAAGCUUCAGUGAAAUGAGACAGUGACAACUAAGAGAGUUACAGUGAAGUAAGUUUUAAGCUGGAAUGGAAGUCAUUUUUAAGGUGACAGUGACUUAUAUUUGUGAUGUGGCACUGAAGUGAAGGAAAUUCAUUGUAGUGAGGCAGUGACUGACAGAAGUUGGUACUGUCAACGAAAAAAAGUAAUGACAGUGAAAUGACGAAGUGAUUGUACUGUGCAUCUUAGGAAAGUGACAGUGAAGUGAUUAAACAACCCUGAAGGGAGAAAGUGACAGUGAAGUAUCUGUGGAAAGUGACAGUGAAUUGACAGUGACUCAGAGAAAUAAAACAAAAAAAGAGCGAGAGAGAGAAAGAGAGAGAAUACCUGACCUAAUCCCUACUCCCUCACCUAAUCUCUCCUCCCUCACCCACUACCUCCCCCUCACCUUCUCUCCCCCCUCUCCUCCUCCUCCCUCACUCCUACAUCUCUCUGCUCGCUCCUGAAGGACGCCAUCUUGAGCCAUGGAAGUUCCCGCUCUCCUACGUGCCGCUGAGAUCCUACGCCUCCUCCUCAUCCUAGCAACACAAGGUACACAUACUUGCGGCAAGUUCCUGAGCUCAAGUUACUAUGGCAACAGAGGUCCGAUCCUCCCAGGAGUGGGGAGUCGACCCCUUCCCUGGGAUCGUCCUGUGUUCGAUCCCUCGCCGCCCCAGAAUGUUACUGCGUUGAAGGGCGAUAUUGCUUACCUUCACUGUAUCGUCCACAACAGAGGGAAUAAGACGGUGUCGUGGAUAAGGGUAUCAGAUCUACACAUCUUGACGGUAGCCCAGUACACUUACACGGCCGAUGACAGGUUUGAGGUGAUCCAUUCUCCAGACUCAAACUCACAAUCCUGGAUCUUGAAAAUCAACUCAGUCCAGCCUCGAGAUUCUGGAAGAUAUGAGUGUCAAGUUAACACACAUCCGACUGACCCUAUAACCUUCCCUGUCUAUCUCUCUGUGUUUGUCCCCACAGCAAGAAUCUUGGGGACGGCAGAACGAUACGUCGACAGCGGGUCAACCAUUAAUCUUACCUGCAUGAUUAACUUCAACCCAGAGUCACCUACUGAGAUAUUCUGGUACCAUAACAACAAGGUAAUUAACUACGACAAUCGGGAUAGUCGAGUGAGCGUAAUCACAGAUCGAGGUUCAGUUACCAAGACGGUGUUACUUAUACACGACGCCCACGACGCUGCUACGGGAACCUACACCUGUGUGCCCUCCCUCUCCGCCACCGCCUCCGUCAGGAUACAUAUACUGAAUGGAGAGACCCCGGCAGCCAUGCAGACCAACGGUGCUGGUCACCUUACCUUCAGUUGGCCAAAAUUUCGGGGCGGUUCCACCAUCAUCAUUAACCUGCUACCUCCUGCUGUCGCCACUGCUGCUACUGCUCUCCUCUCAUACUGCCUAAUAUAUCCAUUUACAUUCACCAUUGUCAUAUAAUCGAGUUAUUUGUCAACUUCUACCUGUUGUGAAAAAAAAAUAGAUAUUGAUUGUGAUUUUCUAUAUAUAUAAAGAUUGAUGUAUUUAGAGCUGGGUUAAAGGAACAAGGAAUUUAACUUGAUAAUAUUGAUUUUUACGGAACAAUUCAUAAGAUUUUAUUUUUUAUUUUUUUGUCAUUGUGUUUUUGUAUUGUUUUCAAUUUUCUUCCUUGUGGUGUAAAUUCAUUUUGUAAAUAUGUGUUAUAAUGUUAUAUUAACUUGUAAAAAAUUUAUUAGCGAAAAGUUGACCUAACCAAAGCUAACCAAACUUAAUCCUACCUAACCUAACCUGACAACCUAACCUAACCUAACCUGACAACCUAAUGUAACCUAACCUCAACCUAAUCUAAUCUAACUUGACCUUAACACAAAGAAAAUCAUUCAGCUACUUCUAUUUUGUACUGAGAGCAAAUGACCUAACCUAACCUAACCAAAGUUAACCUAAUCAAACUUAACCAAUAUGAAUGUAAAAGAAUGUAACCAAAUUUAACCAAAUCUAACCUAACUAAGACACAAAAUGUAACCUAAUGAUUUGAAAGUAAUUUUGGAUAGAUUUGGUUAGGUUUGGUUAGGUUAGGUUAGGUUACUUUACGUCAGAUAAGGUUAGUUUCAGUUAGAUUUAGUUGGUUAGGUUAAAUUAGAUUUGGUUGACUAGGUUAGAUUAGGCUUGAGUUGGGAGGUUAGAUUACCUUGAUUAGAUUAGUUUAGGUUAGGUUUGGCUAAGUUUGGUUUGGUUAGGUUAGGUUAGACAGAGUGAUGGUUCAAAUAUCUUGUUCGUGUUAAUAUUUCAACAACCUGGUGCAAAAAUAACACCAAUUACAGCAUUGCAAUUGAUCAGCACCAACUUGCAUCACCAUUAAACCCUUUUGUCUCUACUGUAUAAACCACUAAACUGUUUAUCAGACUAUGAAUACAUUACUGUAACAAUACUGUAAUACAAUAUACUGUAUUUUUUGUAUGAGGGAGUGUAUUAGUUCAAGGUUUAUGUCGAAUCUCCAUAACAAAGGUAAUGAUGUAUAUUAUUGAUUAUUGUGUAAGUGAAUAAAUAAAAUGUGUUUACCAAUAAAUUUCCAACUGAAUUGAACAAGAGACAGUGUAAUGUUUUAUCCCAUAGUGUUCAAUGUUCAUAUAUGUCUUGGAUGAACACUGUUUCUCUUAACUAGUGUGUUAGGUGGUGGUGGUGUCAGGAGGUGGUGUCAGGAGGUGGUGUCAGGAGGUGGUGUCAGGAG